CUGACAUCGGAUUGCAGCAUCAAUGCUCAGUUUUCAAGUAUAUAUCAAGCAGGCAAAUUCACACCCGCUUGUGCCUUAGCUCUUUCCUCCAGAUGAAGCCAGCAGACAAUAUCGACACUUCCCAAGUGAAGGGGAAUGCUUCUCCGGAGGUAAAGCUUGCAUUGCUAAACUCUCUGGCGCAGCCGGGGAACGUCUCGCAUUCGACUGGCAAGCCCUUCAGAGGUUUCAAAGCCGAGUUCGUGUCCCGGAUGCAACUAGCAGAAGCAUCUGUAUUAUCAAAGGCAGAGGAGCCGAACAAACUUGAAGGACGUACCGUUUUUGACGUGAUUGUGGACGAAGACAUGUUUAAUGAAGUUGGAACCAUGCACGGUGGUUGUUUAGCCAUGAUCAUUGAAAUUUGCUCGCCAAUGCCCAUCUACGUUCUUGGGGCUUCGACAGGCGCUUAUAGCACAUUCGGUGUACAACAGGCUUUGAAUAUUGUGUUCCACUCACCAGCAGUGCCGGGCGACAAGCUACGCAUCGUGUGCACGACGUUUACCCUUGGUAGCCGGGCACGCUCGGGUCGUUGUGAAGUAUGGAACGUGACACGACACCGAUUGGUCGCAUCAGCUGUAUACACCAACAUGGUUCCAACUGAAUCAUCCAAACUCUGACCUUUGGUGCAUGUCAGUUCCUUACACAUACCACAAUCCUCCGGUCGUCAUACCCGACUGCUUGGAAAGCUGGUUUAUUUCAUGUACAAUAAUGUAGUAAGCUGAGUCUGCGUGAUGUGAUA